AGGAAUUUCAUUCUCGCAUUAUUCAUGCAUGGUAGCCCUGAAAAGCCGUCAUCUAGAUUAAUCAACGGUCAAAUUACGUUUACUGAAUUUCUCCCCUUAUUUGAGAAACAACUGACUGAAGCAUCUAUCGCUCAAGGUGUCCAACUUCCCGAAAGAUUUAGUAUUAAUGACUUUUUUACCGAUUGCAUUGAUUGCUUGAGGCCAAAUCAGCUUGUAUUAGACUCAAUCUCUAAUUUACAAGAAGCUGGCUAUAAAGUAUGCUUUCUAGGCAAUAUUGGUUUGAUCGAAGGACCAACUGGAAAUAAAUUUACUCGUAUGAAAAUAAAUUUACGUUUUACGUGUGAUUACUACUUUGAAAGUUGUCAAGUUGGUAUGGCAAGACCUGAUCCUAAGUUCUAUCAACAUGCACUUAAAGAGAUGAAUGUUAAAGCAGACGAGGUAAUUUCAGUUGAAUCGACGGAACAAUAUUGCAAACUUGCAACUAGCAUUGGCAUGACAGGAAUUGUUGCUGAAGACCAACCUACGGUCUUGAAAAAACUAAGCGAAUUAACUGGUAUUAAUUUUAGCAAAUUAUCCAGGCCUGCUGCCUGCAAUCCAGACAGUGUAACACACUGCUAUUUUACUACAACUAGUGGCGUCAAGAUUCAUUUUGUCGAGAAAGGUAACGGCCCUGCAGUUAUUUUAUCCCACGGCUUCCCAGAAUUUUGGUAUACAUGGAGACAUCAGAUUCCAUUUCUUGCAAGGCUUGGGUACCGCGUUAUUGCCUUGGAUCACCGUGGUUAUGGGGAAUCUGAUCAACCGCCAAAUAUUGAUGAUUACUCGAUGAAACUUGUUAAUCAGGAUAUUAUCGAUUUAAUGGAUAACUUGAAUAUUCAUCAAGCUGUCCUCAUUGGACACGAUUGGGGUAGUGUUGUGGUAUGGGAAGCAGCACUACGAUUUCCUGAUCGUAUCAAGGCGGUUGCAAGCCUGAACCUUGGAUAUUUUCCGCCUCAUCCAGAGUACGACUUUACGCAAUUAGUACAAGCAGAUCCACAACAAUUUGAUUACUGCCUAUAUUUCUUUGAUGAGGGGGUUGCUGAAGUAGAGCUGGAAAAGGAUGUUGAUCGUACAUUGCGCUAUAUCUACUCAGAUACAACACCAAAGGUAUACCUGCUAGCAGCUAUAGAAACAUCGUCACGUGGAUUACUGGCUGGCUUACCGGAUGAAUUGCCCAAGUGCUCUUUCAUGAGUGAUAAAGAAUUUAAUUACUGUGUGAAAAAUUACAAAAAGAACGGCUUCCAUUAUCCCUUAAAUUGGUAUCGAAAUGAAGCUAUAAAUUGGAAUAAUAUAAAAAGUAUCGAACGGUACAAGAUUUAUCAGCCGGCGUUAAUGGUGACCGCCGAGUAUGAUCCUAUUUUGCUACCAGAGUUGACCAAUGGGAUGGAGGAAUAUGUGCCUAAUUUAACACGCGCUAAUCUACUGUGUGGCCACUGGACCCAGUCAGAAUGUCCGGCUGAGUUGAAUCGCGUCCUUUCUAAGUGGUUGCCAAAGGUAUCAGCUAAUUAA